AUGGGGCAUGUGAAAGUAGGUAGCGAGUGGGGUGAAGGGAAGGGAUGUCUAGAUAGAGAUUCUGAAGACGUAGGAGGAGGCGAGGGUGGAGGAGCAGCAGGCAAUGUGUGUGGCCCUGCAGCAGCAGCAGAUGUGGACCGACCACUCCUGGUGCUCGCAGGGCUGAGAAGCGGCAAGGAUAGUCCUCUCGCAUCCUGCAUCUGCACCAUGUGGGUGUGUCGUUAUCAGCAGGCACCUCAAAACUCCUUCCACUUCCUCUCUCUCUUCCCCUCCUCCACCUCCUCUCUCCCUUUCCCCCCUUUCUCGCUCAUUCCCCCCUUCCUCCAGACCUCGACCAUGGUAGCUCGAAUUCUUCAUCUCCUCCACGUGGGUGUGCCAGCCAAUCGCAUCCUCGCAAUGACCUUCACCACAGCAGCAGCCAAUGAGAUGCGUGAACGCGUGCUGGCCAGCCAAGGGAGGCGGUCGGCAGGCAAGAAGACUGGGGCAACUGGGAAAGGAAGGAGAGAAAACAAGGGAGGGGCGAGAAGUAUGGUUGACAAGGAAGGAAAGGAGGAUGAGGAAGAGAACGGAGGGAAGGAAGGGAAGGAAGGGAAGGAGGAGGAGGGAGAGGAGGGAGUGACAGGGGAAGUGGCAGUGAGCACUUUCCAUUCGCUGUGCCUGCAGCUGUGCAGGAGCCAUGCUGACAAGUUUGGGCGCACAGCGGAUUUUCUUGUGCUUGGGCACAAGCAGCAGAGGAAGCCAUCUCUCCUCAGUAGCCCACCUAUUGUCUCUGCCUUUCCCGCCCUCUCCUCCUGUCUGCACCCACUAACCAACCCCCUCUGCUCACUCAUGUUUGGGCGCACGGCGGAUUUCCUUGUGUUUGGGCACAAGCAGCAGCGGAGAGCCAUUACAGAGGCUGUUCGACUGGCGCUGGGGGAUGGGGGGGAUAGCGUCGGGAUAGGGGAGAAGGGCGAGAAAGGGGAGAAAGGGGAGAAGAGGGAGGGAGAAGCGAGCAGGGGAGAGGGGGGUGUGUGGAAGCAGCGGAGAGAGGACAGGCAAGUUGGUCGAGACUGUAAUGGAAGGGCAUUUGCAGCAGCUGGAGGUGCAGGGACAGCGGGCGUGGGAGGGUCAGGCAGGUGGGCAGAGAAGGGGAAUAAGGAGAAUGAAGAAGGGAAGGGAGGAGGGAACAAGGGAGAGAGUGUGGAGGAGAGGGUGGGGAGGGAGGUGGAGGAGUUGAAGAGGAGCCGAGCAGCAGCAGCGAAAUGGGUCAAGUUCGUUGUGAGGGCCAAGGCAGCAGGUCAGACAGCAGAGACUUUUGAAGCUCGGGGCAACCAGGAAGCAGCCCGUGUCUUGCGAGCAUAUGCAUCUGUGCUGGAGAAAUGCAAUGCGGUGGACUAUCAUGACUUCAUCCUACUAUCAACCAUGCUGCUCACACAGCAUGCUGACGUGCUGCAGGAGUGCACGGCAGCAUGGACGCACGUACUGGUGGACGAGUUUCAAGACACCUCGCGAAUCCAGUUUUCGUUCGUCAAGGCUCUCUGCGGCACACAUGGGCGCAUCACCGUUGUGGGGGAUGACGACCAGUCCAUAUUCAGCUUCAAUGGAGCCAAUGCAGCCUCGUUCGACAUGUUCCGAGAGCAGUUCCCUGACCACACAGAGGUGCGGCUGUGUCGCAACUAUCGCUCCACAGGCACCAUAGUGCGGGCCUCGGCCGCCGUCAUCUCGCAGAACUUUCCAGGAAGGAGGGCGGCCAAAGAGCUGUGCACUGACAACGGCGAUGGGGAGAAGAUCAGCCAUCAAUCCCUUCUCCCUUCCCCUUCCACAUGGCAGGGUGGUGGAGGUGCGCAACGAAGCAGCGCUGCGCUGGUCGCCGAUGCAACCACUUCCCUCGUGUAUCAAAUGCACCAAUUUCACCGUGUUCCAUGGCUGUGUGGUGUUAUUCCCUCCUCCCUUCUCUCCACAUGUUUGAAGAAGUGUUUUGAGACGUCUCAAAACACUUCUUCAAACGUGUUCCAUGGCUGUGUGGUGUUAUUCCCUCCUCCCUUCUCUCCACAUGGCAGGGUGGUGGAGGUGCGCAACGAAGCAGCACAGUUGCUGUACCGGCGGCAGGUGACUGGCAGGGCGUUUCAGGCCGCGAUGAGGGAGAGGAAGAUCCCCUUUAACGUGCAUGGCGUGGCGUUUUACAGGAAGAAGGCCCUGCGCAACGUGCUUGCUCUGUUGCGCCUCUCCCUCCCUGCGCUAGUGGACAACACUGCCGCCCGGAGAGUCUGGAAGCUGCUGUUCAGCCGCGAAAAGGACGAGGCAAAGAAGGCUGCAGAUCACGUGGAGCAGAGGGCUAGGGACCGAGGCUGCAGCUUCCUGGAAGCUGCAGAGACUAUUUUCUCAGGGAAAGUGUCAGGAAGGUUCACAAGGAAGCAGCUUAGAGCCGGUGCUUCUGUGCUCACCACUAUCCGCAUCGCUCGCAACCUCCUCAAAACGGAGGUGUCAUUAACAGCUUUUGUCGACUCCAUCAUCAAGCUCAUUCCCGAGGCCCGCCAAUUUCUUAUCGAUGACGUCAGCGCCUUCCUCUCCCUCCACACGCCCAAACCACCUGACACAGUCGCCAACGAUGAAACCACCUGCAGAAACACCUGUGCUGCCGACGCUGCCACCAGCUGCUUUCCCCCCUCUGUCUUCUCCUCCUCCUCUCUUUUCUCCCCCUCCUCCUCCUCUUCCUCCUCCUGUGCUGCUCUGCUGCGAGCCUUUCUGGACUAUGUAGCGGCGAGGGAGGCUCAGAACAACGCUGUGAGGCGGAAGGAGAAUGAGGAUUCGGUCACGCUCACCACCAUGCACCAGUCCAAGGGUCUGGAGUGGCACACGGUGUUCAUUUCCAAGGGCCUGGAGUGGCACACGGUGUUCAUUGUGAGCGUCAACGAGGGGGAGACGCCGCUGCAAAACAGAUUCGAGGAGGAGAGGGGUGGGAGUGUGGAGAGGGGGAGUGUGGGGAGGGCGAACGGGGAGGGGUCAGAGGAAGAACCGCUUUCACUGGAGGAGGAGAGACGGCUGUUCUAUGUGGCCAUGACACGUGCUCGCCACCGAUUGGUUAUCGUGACGCUCAGGCAGACACCUGAGAAGCAGGUUCUCCAGCCCUCUCGGUUCAUCCAAGAAAUCCCCUCAAAUCUGCUCCUCUGGCAAGGCAAUGCACCCAUCACAGCCCCGGUCGCCUCCCCUGCCUCUGCCCGGCCUCGCACCCCUGCUGCGUCAUACCCUGAUGAAGGGAAUGAGCAGCGAGGGGCAGGGGUCGCAACUCGAAAUCUUGGUCUUGGGGUAGUAAUUGGUGUAGGGGAAGGGGAGGGGGUGCAGGAAGAGGAGGAAGGGGAUGUGGAAUGGGGAAAGGGGGAAGGAGGUGAGGAGGAAGAAGAGAUGAGGGGCGUGGGUGGGGAGGAGGAGGCAGUGAGUGAGGGAGUGCUGCCAACUGGCGAUUUCCUCAAGAGCUUCCCCACGGAUCACCGUGCGAUCAUAGCAGCAAUCUUCCACUCCUGGGCCCGCCGCCCUGCUUUUCAACAGCCGUCGCGUCUUCUAGCUAAGGUGAGAGCAGUGGUGGAUAGCAGGCAGAGCAGCGGAACAGCAAGAUCAGCUGGUGGCAAGGAGGCCUUAAGACUGCUGCGACCACUACUGUCCUCCACACAAGCUGCUUCCUUUGCAGCACAUGUAAGAGUUUUCAAAGACUCUCCCUUUGAUCCAACGGUCACUUGA